UGUUCGAACACUACGGAGCCUACGAUUGCAUCAACGUGCUGGCCCAAAUUGCCAACUUCGGUUCACAGCAAGCAACAGGCUAUGUUUCAAAGUAUCGAUUUCAGUGCCCACAUGGAGCUGGGGCACUAUGAGUAAGGUACCAUUCGUUGGUGUACAACUGUGAGCAAACUCAGAAGAAGGACUACUUGAAGCAGCUUGUGUGGCGUUAGUUCCAGGCAAAAAAGUUCAACAUACUAAUCGAGCUACUCUACUGGGCUGGAAACUGAUUUCCAAAACAUCAUGUAAUUGCACGCUCUAUCCGUGAAAAUAUCCGAAAAUAGUCACUAGGACUUUCUGUAUUCGUUCUACAUUCUCAAAGGUAAUAUGCGAAAGGCAGCAGCUCUCAUUGCCUACGAAAAAGCCAUGCGUUGUCAGCUGGAGUGCAACUCGCUCGUAUUUCUGAAGAUGCGUUGCGAAGUGCUGCUCAAGUGCAUCAAUGCGCUCAAUCUAGCGGCAUCGGAUUAUACCUGGAUUGUGAAGCCAUCAGUUUCCACAUAUGGCGGUGCUACCAGAUUAGAAGAAUCGGACACCAAAAUCGUGAUUGUUGAUCUGGUAGAUAUUCGGAAGGAGUUAAUAAUAACCCAGACGGUGUUGGAAAUUUUCAAACAGCUGGACGACUAUAAAGCUGUGCUGAAUGUCGAUACCAACGAGCUGCUGGUGAUUUUAGCUAACGCUAAACUGUAUACCACGGCCUUCAAGCUGGCCAACAUGUUGGGCAAAAGCCUCACUAUGAUCUAUGAAAGCCUGGCAGCAUCCUGCGCUAUGUGCGCUUGCAGGAAACUGCGGACAAUUUUGAUUGGCUGCAUAAAAACGAAGAAUCUGUUCUAAGCUCAGACAUACCCGAAACGACUUGGAACUUUUUGAUGCUUAGUCUCGAGAAUGAAACAAAGGACGUCGAAGCCUGUUAUCUCGCCGUGAUGAAUCAAAUCAUUGCCAAAAACGGUAUUUCACCUCAAAGGUUGACGGACUAUUGUAUGAACAAGGCGCCCACCAAACUAGAGGAAGCCUUCGAAGUCUCCGUCAAACUUAUCCAGGCGCAGCUGCAGCAGAAGCUCGGUCACGACGUUACACUUCAAUCGAUUCUCAUUUCCGAUUACGCUCAUCGAUCGGUUGUAGUUUGGGUUGAGCAAAGAUGCUAAAUUCAAGCAGCAAACAAAUUUACUGAACCGAUAAGCUGGACUGCAUUGCUAAAUUUCGUGUUCAUUCCCCAAUGAAAAUGCUGAUAAUUUCGUUAGUUCCAACGCAAGUUUUAUAAAAAGAAAACUUAUAAACUAAAUAAAACGAUAGCAUUUAAUAAUUGAAUAAAUAAUAUUAUCUUUAAGAGAUAAUAA